GUCUAUUAUUAUAAAUAUUCUUUGGCUUAAUGCUGGCGUGUACAGUUUCAUCUGUAUCAUACACGUAUCAGUUACGGCGAAUCAAUGGAUCAUGGGGAUGCGAGAUGUCAGCAAAUUUCUCAGAGUGCGCAAAAAAGCUCACUCGCAUGAAAGUGAGUGUGAGCAAUUACACUUUUUUCUUUCUCCCAAUAAUAUAAAUACGGAGGACUCUUCAAUCAGACUGUUCGACUAAAUUCACUAAUCAAUUCCGCCAUGUUUAGAUUUGUGGGUACCAAAUUAUUGAGACCUAAUGGUAUCGCUUGCCUUAGCUCACUAAAUCUUUCCAGAUCAGUUCAUUCUGUGCCUUUUGCAACAGUAGAAGUUGAAGAGAUAUCUGGUUCUCAGCCUGCUGAAGUGCACAACUUGGUGCAGGGGAAAUGGACGGGAUCUUCGAGUUGGAAUACAAUUCUGGAUCCUUUAAAUGGAGAACCGUUUAUUAAGAUUGCUGAAGUAGAUGAAACAGAAAUUCAGCCAUUUGUUGAAAGCUUGUCCAAGUGCCCUAAGCAUGGACUGCAUAAUCCAUUUAAAUCACCAGAGAGGUAUCUUCUAUAUGGAGACAUAUCUGCAAAGGUGGCCCACAUGCUUUCGCUGCCGGAGGUUUCUAAUUUCUUCACUAGGCUAAUACAAAGGGUUGCUCCUAAGAGUUACCAGCAAGCGCUUGGUGAAGUUCAAGUUACUCAGAAAUUUUUCGAGAAUUUCUGUGGUGAUCAGGUUCGUUUCCUGGCAAGGUCUUUUGCGAUACCUGGAAAUCAUCUUGGACAGCAAAGCCAUGGUUUCCGAUGGCCUUACGGUCCUGUUGCAAUUAUUACUCCAUUCAACUUCCCAUUAGAGAUUCCUGUACUUCAGUUGAUGGGCGCAUUAUAUAUGGGCAACAAACCCGUUUUAAAAGUUGACAGCAAGGUGUGCAUUGUUAUGGAACAAAUGAUGCGACUUCUGCAUCACUGUGGGUUACCAGUGGAAGAUGUAGACUUCAUAAAUUCCGAUGGAAAGGCAAUGAACAAGCUAUUGUUGGAGGCGAAUCCACGCAUGACCCUCUUUACCGGAAGCUCAAGAGUUGCAGAUAAGUUGGCUGUCGACUUGAAGGGUCGUAUUAAAUUAGAAGAUGCAGGAUUUGACUGGAAAAUUUUAGGUCCUGAUGUUAAUGAGGUGGAUUACGUUGCCUGGGUUUGUGAUCAGGAUGCAUAUGCAUGCACUGGUCAGAAGUGCUCUGCACAAUCAAUAUUAUUCAUGCAUGAGAAUUGGUCUGCUACUUCAGUUCUAUCCAAAAUGAAGGAGCUUGCGGAGAGAAGAAAUUUAAAUGAUCUCACUGUUGGUCCUGUUCUCACCUUCACUACUGAAGCAAUGCUAGAACACAUGAAUAAAUUGCUUGAAAUACCAGGUUCAAAACUACUCUUUGGAGGCAAACCUUUGGAGAAUCAUUCCAUUCCACCAAUAUAUGGUGCUUUGAAACCCACUGCUAUAUAUGUUCCCAUUGAAGAAAUGUUAAAAGAGAAAUACUAUGAGCUUGUAACCAGGGAGAUAUUUGGACCAUUCCAGGUUGUUACUGAGUACAAGAAAGAUCAACUCCCGCUGGUUCUGGAUGCUCUUGAGAGGAUGCAUGCACAUUUAACAGCUGCGGUGGUUUCAAACGAUCAACUUUUUCUGCAGGAAGUAAUUGGGAAGUCGGUGAAUGGAACGACAUAUGCAGGAUUAAGAGCAAGAACGACUGGUGCUCCUCAGAACCAUUGGUUUGGACCUGCAGGAGACCCGAGGGGUGCAGGAAUCGGGACACCAGAAGCGAUAAAACUAGUAUGGUCUUGCCAUAGGGAAAUAAUUUAUGACAUUGGCCCCCUACCAACGCAUUGGGAAAUUCCGCCAUCUACAUGAAGAGUCGAUAACAGGAAAAAAGAAAAUUAUGUAGCGUUAAAUCCUUCUACAUGUUGCUAUUGUCUCUAGUUUAGUGAUGAAAUAAAAAGAAGGAAAUUUUGUAGCUAGCUAUUAAUUAGAUGUUCUUCAGCACAUCACUUGAUUGUGAUGUUAUAUUA